AUGGCUACCAAGAAAAAUGGCAAAUCUGAACAAGGGCUCUACUUUUGGUUCUUCUGUGUGUUCACUGUCCUCAGUUUGGCUGGUGUGGUUGCAUGGCUUAGCCUAACUCCGAAAAACCCGAAAUUCGGAAUCUCGGUCGUUCGUUUACACGUUCAUGAUCACGACAAUCGCUCGUCUCACCACAAUGCGACGGUUCGAGUUCCGAACAGCAGUGUAACAUUUGAAGUGAGAAUCUUUAAUCCAAACAAGCGCAUGGGGAUUUACUAUGAUGACAUCAGCUUGGAAUUGUAUGGGAAAAGUAGGGCUUUUAUGGGGAGAAACUCGACACCGGGUUUUUAUCAGGGUUACAAGAAUUGUACUGUGUAUGAGAUUAUGGUCCGUUCGGGUCGAGAAUUUUGGAGAGGAAGUGAUAAUGGUGGAGAUGUGGAGUUUGUGGUUCGGAUCGAAACUAAUGUCCGGUUUAAGAUUAUCAAAUGGAAGACAGAGACACGUCGAGUUGUGCAUGAAGAGCAAUUCGAUAAGGCGAGUACCGGUUUUAAUGGGACUUUUCCGGGAAGAAAAUAUGCAGAGCUGCAAAAUGCAACAAUGGUGAGUAUCAGAAAUUGA